GGGGCAAGCAAUGUUCUUGGGAUUUGCGGCUCAGGAACACCAAUAACAGAUCGUGAAUGCACUGAGGGCCAGAUUGUAAUCAUGACUUACCCCAUUUACGACCCGAUUUUGAAUUCUCGUCUCAAGUCCCUCAUUCCACCGCAGCUCCAGUCCAUCGCUCCUUGUAGGGCUGAGAUGCCGCUACGUGCAAGGAGACCCUCAUGUGAUUGUCACGCUCAAGGGAUGAGAAUUCAGAUUUCAACUAAAGUACGGAUAAACGAGUUGUGAAGAAGAUUAAUUAUAGUAAUGGUUAUUAUGGCUGUAAGUAUUCGCUAAGUAAACCAAUAUUGAUCCAGUCUCUACACAUUC